UUGGCCGCGGUGGCGGCCGGGAGGGAUUCUGGCGGCGUCGGAGGGUGGCUGCGCGGAGAAGCGAAAGACCUGGUGGCGAUGGCAGAAGGCGGCAGGCGGCGAGGCAUGAGGGAGCGCCGGGGGCUGUAGGGAACCUUCGCCGCCUCCCCGACGCGGCAUGGCCGGUCUCAUCAAGAAGCAGAUCCUGAAGCACCUGUCCAGGUUUACAAAGAAUCUUUCCCCAGAUAAAAUCAACUUGAGCACACUGAAAGGGCAGGGGCAGCUGACCAACCUUGAACUGGAUGAAGAAGUUCUGCAGAAUGUGUUGGAAUUGCCCACCUGGCUAGCUAUUACUCGGGUCUUUUGUAACAAAGCUUCAAUAAGGAUUCAGUGGACAAAACUGAAGACUCAUCCAAUUUGUCUGUAUCUAGAUAAAGUGGAAGUUGAGAUGCGAACAUGUGAAGAGCCCCGACCACCAAAUGGACAAUCUCCCAUUGCUCUAGCUUCAGGCCAGAGUGAAUAUGGCUUUGCUGAGAAGGUAGUAGAGGGUAUGUUUAUUGUUGUGAAUUCCAUCACUAUCAAGAUUCACUCCAAAGCCUUUCAUGCAUCUUUUGAACUGUGGCAACUCCAAGGAUACAGUGUCAAUCCCAACUGGCAGCAAAGUGACCUGCGCUUUACUCGUAUUAAUGAUUCCAGUAGAGGGGAGGUUUUAACAUUUAAAGAACUUACUUGGCAGACACUUCGGAUAGAGGCAGAUGCUACAGAUAAUGGUGAUCAAGAUCCUAUCACCACACCUCUAAGGCUUAUUACUAAUCAGGGCAGAAUCCAAAUAUCCCUUAAGAGAAAGACAAAGGACUGCAAUGUGGUGGCGUCUAAGCUAAUGUUCCUCCUUGAUGAUUUGUUGUGGGUGUUGACUGACUCUCAGCUGAAGGCUAUGAUGAAAUAUGCAGAGUCCUUGAGUGAAGCCAUGGAGAAGUCGGCCCAGCAGAGGAAAAGUUUGGCACCUGAACCUGUCCAAAUCACACCACCUGCUCCCACUGCUCACCACUCUUGGCCUCAGUCAUUUGGGAGCAGCCCAAAAGCUGUCAGCCAGUACUUUGAGAAACAUGACAUGAAAGAGUCUUCCUAUCACCUUUUCAUCUCCCGCUUGGACCUUCACAUCUGUGAUGACAGUCACACUUGUGAGACAGGCAUCUCCAGACAUGGAGUAAUGGGCGGUGCAAUGCAACUAACCUUUAGGAGGAUGGCUUUUGACUAUUAUCCUUUCCAUUGGGCUGGGGAGAGCUGCAAGCACUGGGUGCAGUAUUGUGCCGCCAUGGAGACCCGAGAACAAUGGGCAAAAAAACUGGUGGAUGAAUUCCAAAGCAAGAUGGAAAAACAUGUUGAAGAAAUAAGCUCUUCAUUCUCUAGAACUGCAUCAGGGGAGUCCCCCUUCAAAAAAAGACCAGACAGUACUCCUAGUUCCCAAAAAGGCUCUCCAGAGAAGGGUGCAACUCCAGUGAAAGCAUUUCCUCCUAAUGCAUUUGAUCUCCAGCAGCCUGCAUGGAAUAGACUGCGAUCCAGUUGUAUAGUUGUCCGAAUAGAUGAUUUGGAUAUUCAUCAGGUUUCCACAGCUGGACAGCAUGGUAAGAAACCCUCAACCCUGCUUUCAUGUAGGAGAAAAUUGUUGGGUCUUCCUGACCAAAUCUCAGCAAUUCAUAUGGAGUUCACCGAGUACUACUUCCCAGAUAAUCCAGACUUUCCAGUCCCAUGCCCAAACCUGUACCUGCAGCUGAAUGGUUUGAUUUUCACCUUGGACACAGUGAGCAUGCUUUGGGUGAAUUUGUUCUGCCUUGAUCUCUAUCGCAGCCUACAGCAUUUCAAAGCUAUUUACGAGCUGGAGAACUCUGGCAAGCAGGAUGAGCACAUUGAUAUCAGACUGGAUGGCUUCAAAUUGAAGCUGAACAUCCCAGUUGAGAAGAAAAUAAUAGACCACCAAGACCGUCCCCACGGCCUCUCCAUUCGCACACCAGAGAUGACAGCCACCAAUACACGGCAUGCUCCUCACUGCAGUUGUUUGGCCCUCCAGAAUCUGUUUCGUAGAUUUGCUGCUUCAGAAUUCUUCCAUUCUAGCUACACUCAGUUUCCUAAAUUUCAGGAUAACUUCAGCCUCCUCCAUACCCUCUUCUUACGCCAUGCAUUCCAAGUGGACACCAAGGCUCAAAAACAUGCAGAAUUUCGCCGUUCUUUUAGAAAGUCUUCAGCCUUUGAAGACCUUUGGUCAGUUAAUUUCACCCAGAUUUCCCUGGACUUUGAGGGGACCAAGAGUUCAAAAGGCAAAUCCCUUCACUUUAUCAACCCUUUCCCACUCUGUGUGUGGGCUUGUCUCCCAAAGAGGUGGGAAGAAGCCCAGACAUCAAAGCUGCAGGUUGAAGUGAAACCUUCUGCUUCCUUCAGUAACCAUGCCAAACAGCAGGACUUUUCCAAAGAGGAUCAGUUCUGCCAAAGAUCAAAGACUGAACAGGAUUUGAAGAAUGUCUUUGUCACUCCAGAGGCAAAGGUGGUCUUGGAAGAGAGUAGCGUUAAUGGUGAAGAAAAUGAUAAAGAUAUUGAAGUCUCUGCUGAUAUCCAUGUGCUUCUUUAUUCAAGUGCGAAAGUGAAGGUGCAAGUCAAUCACUACCAGUAUUUGAUGCUACUUAGAAUGAAGGAAAUUCUACAGGCUUUUCAAGAACAAUUGUCUCAAGACACUCAAGAAGUAAUAGGAUCUCCUGUAGAUUCCAUAACCACUUGUAUUGGUAUCAUGUUCAACAGUGCUGAGGUGGCAUUGCUAAUGCCUCCUACUACAGAUACGACAUUGGAACCUAGAUCAACAGACUCUGAUACGACAAGUCUAAUAGAAUCUGAACUCUCGCCUGCAGGAAGCAAGGAGGGGCUGACUGCUGAAGAAAAGGAGCUUAGAUCUGAUAGUAGCCCUGAGAAAGAAGUCUGCAGCCCAAUAAAUGUACUAGAAGACAGUGGAAUUGAAAACCCAAAUACAAGUGCACUGCAGGAUGGAUUGCUGAAAUUGCAGAGUGAUAGGUCAUUGGGAGGAGAAGAGUUUCAAGCAGCUGGAGAAAGAGGCCCUGUAGAAGAAGCACAUGAAGCUGAAGAAAUCCUUGGUGCAGAGAGACCAGGUGAUCUUGGUGGUCUUUCUCAUCCUCCUCAUGUUCUUGCUUCCAGCCCAUCUUCUAUUGUAGAUCCUUUAGGUGGCAUACAGGUCUCCCUCAAUGGGCAAGAAGAACUGAUCCCUUUGAAGAACAUGGAGAUAGAAUUAUCAAGUGCAUUGCAUAUAACGAAGGAUGCCACCAAAGAAGCCUUGAAUGUGACUAUGGACCUCACCAAAGAAGCCAUGUCUAUGACAAAAGAUGCUUUCAGCCUGAGCAGGGAAAAGAUGGCUUCCACUAUGCAGAAAAUGCUGUUUCUUCCCCAAACCAAGGAUCCAACACCUAAGGCUGAAGAGGGGUCAUUGACUCCAGUGGGAGGCAGUGGCAACCGAAUGAAAUUCUUCUCCAUGAAGAAGACUGCUUCCCAGCAUUCUUUUGAUACCAGCUCACUUGAUGGCAGUGGUCCUGAAGACAGGCUCUCAUUGGACAGCGAUGGCAGUGAUGGUUUUGUGAUGCUUAUGGAUGCAGAGUCCAGUCUGGAUCCUCUUACCCCAGGACACCUUCCUCAGAUUCUUGUUGAUGCAGAUAACAGAACAAGCCCAGUGGCAGAUGAAGAGAGAGAAUCGACAUAUAUCAACAGUUCAGCUUCUCAAAGUGGAGAUGACUCCAACCCUCAGCCGCUGUCUGUUUUGAUUCUGAAAAUGAAUGAAGUAAACUGUGUUAUUGAGACAAAAGGGGAAGAUAUGGCACUUGCCCUUCAGAUUAUGGAGGUAACUCCUGAACAUCUGGGAAAUAUAAGAAUGUGGCAGUAUCUGCAGAGUGACUAUGCAGGGGAUCUGAAUCUUGAGAGUCCUGCAAAAAAAGAAACCGAUCAGACUCAACCUGAGAUGUGUUUACGAUUUGAAAUAGGACCAGGUGCUGCAGUUCACUCACCUCUAGCUGUCCGAAAUGGAUUUUUCCACAUGAUUAUCCAUAGCUACCAUAAGGAACUUCUGACAUCAUUUCUUACUAAGCUUGGGCCCUUCCUUGAGGAUGAGGUGAUUCCUGAAGUUAUUCCCCUGAAGAUUGAAAUUAUAGAUGCCAAGAUCACACUGAAGGAUGACAGUCCUCAAGUAUAUUCUACUUCUCAUGGUCCUGCCCCUAUAAUUCUUGAAGCGGAUCACAUCAUUGUUUGCUGCAAUGAUGAUGGUGUAUUCUUUAUAACAGCUGCAAAAGAGGAAGCAUCAUCUGUGCAGAAAAGUCCCAAGAAACAUCUUAAGAAACAACGGAUUGCACUAGAGAAAAUCUCUACAGCUUCAACAGCAGCAGAUGAUGAACUACAGCUAAAAGAAGUGCCAGCUUUGGAGAGAGAGUUACAGGUUACCAAAAAUGCCCUAGCAGAAGCUAAUCGGGACAAGGAGCAUCUGUUGCAGGAAAUUAGGAAAUAUAAUCCUCUCUUUCAACUUUGACAGCAGUGACCUGGGCUACAAAUGCUCAGGGCAAGCAGAGAUCAACACCAGCAUCAAAAAUUUUUGCUUAUUAUAUAAUGCCUAACUAGGGCAACUUCAGACCAGAUUAACUGCCUUGAGGAACAGAAACAACAUGCCGUUAUGAGAGAUCAGACUCCAAGGACAAGAAAAGAAAUGACAGUAAGCCAGAAAAUUGGUUUUGUAGACAUACACCUGUCAAGAUGGUACAAAGCAGUGUUAAAUUUAAAAGUAGCCAAGCCAAACAAGGAAGAUUAAAAUUUCUCCUUUGUCCAAGUCAUCUUGGAAGUGGUGCUGACAAACUACUAAUAUUUCUCACCAUAGAUCUGCUUCCUCCUUCAUUGGUGCCAGAGGUUGCUGGCAUUGUUGGGGAUUUCAUUGCCAUACAUCAAAGCAAUAAGAUCAGUCUGCCUGCUUGGAGCCUCAUUUGCCACUGAAAAUAAAUUUCUCGGAACUUACUGCAGAACAAUGAGCUUAAAAUCAUAGUACGAUGCAGAUGAGAAACAAUUACAGGAAAGGUGGCCGUGGAACAGGGGUUGUGUAUUCUAAUGUGAAAAAAGACUGUGGGUGGCCUGUCCCCCACUAAUCUGUUUUCCAACAAUACUUUGUUAGCUGAGUAGCUGAGAGAGCAGUGUGCAGUUUGUAUUUACUUUCUCCAUGAUUGCCUUGUUGCAGCACAGUGACCUCUACUGGAUGUAGCUUAAUGAAAAGCUGUCUGUUAGAAAAAUUUCCUGUCCACCCCCUCUCUCUGUGUUAUAAUACAAAGGUAACCUUAUCUCAUUUCCUAAAAUAAAGAGGACUGGGGUGGCAUAUCCCCUCUGGUUAAAGUACUAUACUUGGAGACUCAUCUUCUAAAUGAUGAGCCAUAAGCAGCAUCCUGCAGUUUUCCAAAUUAAUUUCAGUAGACACGGUUUUGUAUUAUCCUAAAACUGCUGGACACUCAUUUUUUUUGCUGUGUUGACUUAUGUAGCUACUUGCACGGUUCUCUAAAACAUAUAACACAGUUGUAUAAAGAAAUUCUAGGCCACUGCUCAUUUUCUUUGGUCCUUUCAUAGAACUGUCACUCCCUAGAAGGAUUUUUCCCCACAAAAUAUUUUCAACAAACAGGAUAUGAGGAAAUCUACACAGAGGGAAUUAGUAACAACAAGGAGAAAAGAAAAUGUUCAUUAAAAAUAUUCCACUGAUUCCAUCAAUUCAUGCAGUCCAUACAUUAGGACAAAAUUAUUCCUUCUCUACCCUUGUGUCCAUAAGGAACAUGAAAGACACCAAGGAGAAAAGGAUGUGAAAAAGCUGGUAAUUGUUCUAUCAGGCAAUGCAAAUUUAAUUGCAACCAAUACAACCCAGUACUGCACUCUGUUGAAAGACCAUCCCCAACAUUUGGCAGUAAUACAAGUCUUUGUUGGAGUUUAACACACUUUUAACUUUGUUUGGGUUCAGUUUUUCCAAAUGUGUGCUGUGUUUAUUUCAAAACAUUAAUAUUUGUGGAUACAAAAUAAAAAAUUGACAAGAAACACAUGUUCUCCAUUGUGGCAACAAAGAGGGGCGGGCAGCCUUCCCCUGCUCUCAGUACCACUGGUUUUUAAACAAAGGCUGCUGCCUUGAAAGAAUGCUUCCAAAUUAAAGGGACAGCGGCUAUAAUUAUAGGCCUAAUGUUAUUAUUAUACAGUUUUAAAAUAUUGUUGACUUAAAUUGGAGAGAUAACUUAGGUGUAUGUAAAAGCUGACUCCUUAGGUUGAUAAAUGUUGGCCUGCCUUCCUAAAGGUAAAAUGCUUGCAGUUUUUUAAAAAAAAGUUCAGAGGUCUCCCUGUUCCUUCAGAUAAACAGGUAUCAACCUAAGGAGUCAGCUUUUAAAUACACCUAAAUCACCUCGUCAAUUUAAGUCAACAAUAUUUUGAAACUCAUACUGCGUAAUGUAUUGAUGAUUCUCAAGAAUAAACUAUGAAAGUACAGGUCUGGAUUUUAAAAAUGUGUGCACAAUUUAACAGUCCCACAGCUGUAUGAAUAUGCAGUUGUAUAAGGCUCUUUCAAAAUAAUGGAGGGCAUUGAUUGAUAUGUUGCUCAUAAAAUGAAACAUGGUGAUGGUAAUUAUUACUGGUAAUAACCUAGAAAGUGAUUAUUUUGCUUUAAAUUAUCAGUCUUAACUACCACCAUUAUAUUUGUACUUGUUAAAAUAGUUUGCUGCUGAAGGGCAAUGCUGUAGAAUGGAAUAGUUUGUCUCUGACAUCUGCUUGUCCCCUGUCAUCUAACUCCUUUGGAGCAGUCCAUGCGUCCUUUGCUAUGGGAACCUCAGAAAGCAGUUGAAACAAUGUGUUCUGAAAGGCAAAAAAGAAACCUCUUCAGCUGCUUCACAAUUUGCUAGUCCUUGAGGCUAGUGCAGACACAUUGAACUAACAAAUGUUUUGCGAUUGUGCUGUGCAAUUGUCACUUGCAUUAAUUCAAAAUGAUUCAAUUCUGUAUAAGGCUGUAUGUGCUGUAGUUUCUGCUUAUUUUUUGUGCAACGAACUGCGGCUGCUGUCAUUUAGUUUUUUUCUCCCCUAGAGCAUCUCUUCAGUUGCAUUUUUGUCAAACCUAAGCGUAGUGCUUGCUAGAACAUACAUGUAUCAUUCUCCAUUUUGGAAAAUGGUCCAGUAAGGUUUCCUCUAUAUGGUCGUAAAACAGAAAAACACUACAAGAAUAAUGAUAUAUUUUGCAAGCUCUUAUGUUAAUAACUAACCUCACUUCAUGAAUAGAAAAAACUGCGUUUCUAAAAAUUGGAAACCUUUCCUUAUGGGGCUGAUCAGUCCAGUUGCUGUUAAGAAAGGGUACUAAGAAAGCAGCACUGACUUAAAUUCUUGUGUGUAAUCAUCAGCUUUCUGUGAACUUGGCAAUCAAAUAGCUAGUUUUAGAUAUAUAAUAACAGUAUUUUUCCUAAACACAAUUGAUAUUUCACUUUAUUUAAGCCUGUAUAUGCUCCUUUUUUGGAUGCUGAAAUAACAUGAGACAAGAUGGUCAUAGCCUUACACGACAGUCAGAUGGUACAGGUCUCCUUAUGUCCUGUUCGUUCUUUGUGAAGUAAGAAAACAAAUCCACUAUAAAUUGAGCAUAUUUCAGGCAUGUAAACUGCACCUGUGCCUUAUGCUUUCAGUUUCUGUAUUUGAAUGAUUUGCAUUACUACUAAUUCGACUUAAAAGGCAAAAUGUAGAAGAUCCACAGCGGAAGAGUAUGAUGUGGCUUCUUUGGUUUUACUGACCAACAGUCCUGAGGCCUUGCUUAUCAGUUAAUGUGGUGGAUGCUGUCCAGAUGUUUCCCCUCUGCUGAGGGAUAACAUCACUUUAAAGUACAAUUUAGGGAUAUGUUCAAAUAAUAAUCUACUAUGAGGUUACUUCCCUUUUUCACUGUUACACUUGAUGUUAAAAAGGCAAAAUGUACCUCUGCAACUGGUAAGCCAAGAAGACAGUUCCUGUUUCUUGUGUGGUUCUCUAGUUUCUUGUGGUUUUUAUAACCAGGAAUGCAGUGAGUAUAAGCAAAGCAUAUCGUAAAGUAAGACUUGAAUCUAAGCCUUAGACAGUAUUGGAUUGUUUUUUUAUGUUGCAACAUAUUUUCUUUCAUUAUUGUAUUGGUUCUGUGAACCACUUUUUAAAAAGUUUUAAAUUAAACUGACUAACAUCUA